UACUUUUCUUAAAUACUACUAGUACUAUAUCCGGAUCGCAUCGUAAAUAUUACCGAAAACUAAUCGAAUUAACUCAAAAAGGCACCCGAAGCAUAACUUCCCAAGCAGCACAUCCAUGUUGAGCUUUCUCGCUUGAUGACUCAGUGCGAAACGACUGGAUGCACAAAUCCUUUCAUAUCGUAUUUGAUACGUCGACUCUGCAAACAGUGCAAAUUGUACUGCAAGUGAAAAUAACGCCCUGCGGCCCAAUGUUCGCCGAUGCCCGAAAGUGGUAGAAGUCAGGCUUUCCCUGAUCUAAGUUAAUAAUUUUCUUUCUCCUUCCAUUCGCCACAACGAACCGCUGGCUAGCUCAACCAUCAUUUCCAUCGAGUCGUCAGAAAGGUCGGUGGCAAUGGAAAACAAUCGCCCGCAACCGAGUAGUGGCCAUCGCCUAAAUGCGAAUGAUUUUUACUUCGGGAAGAUGCUCGGCGAAGGUAGCUUUAGUUGUGUCUAUCUGGCCAAGGAGGUGCGAACGUCGAAGAAAUAUGCUAUAAAAGUUUGCGAGAAAAAGUUAAUCAUUCGCGAGAACAAACAGGAAUAUGUUAAACGAGAGCGCGAGGUAUUGAACCGGCUGACGGGAAAACCAGGCUUCCUAGGGCUGUACUGCACGUUUCAGGACCGCACCAAACUGUACUACGUGAUGACGUAUGCCUGCAAUGGAACGCUGCUAUCACUGCUGUCCCGACCAUCGUUCAACCUUGAUUGCGCCCGGUUCUAUGCCGCCGAAAUGUUGCUGGCACUCGAAACGAUGCACAACAUGCGCAUCCUGCACCGAGACAUCAAGCCAGAGAACAUUUUGCUCGAUCAGCACAUGCACGUGCUGAUAGCGGACUUUGGCUCGUCGAAACUCGACUAUCAGGAGGAGGAAGAGCUAAAAGAUGCCCCUCCCCCUUCGCCAAAAAUGUCCACCGCCCGAAAACACGCUCAGCAAGUGCUGGGGAAGGCGUACCGCGAAGACGAAGACGACGAUACGGACGACACGGAGGAUGUGCAUCCGGUGGCCCGCGGCAACAAACGGCGCAGCUUCGUCGGCACGGCCCAGUACGUGUCGCCCGAGAUCCUUACCGGCACCCCGUCAUCUCCCGCGUCCGACCUGUGGUCAUACGGGUGCACGAUCUAUCAGAUGGUGUGCGGAGUGCCACCGUUUCGGGCCGCCUCCGAGUACCUCAUCUUUCAAAAGAUCCUCAACCGCCAGGUGACGUACGGCGAGGGAUUCGAUCCGUGCGCGAAAGCGUUGAUUACGCGCCUGCUACAAAUCGAACAGUCCCAACGGCUAGGGGCACGUGAUAAUCCUCGCUACACCUCGAUACGGGAGCACCCGUUCUACAAGGGUAUCGAUUUCGAGACGCUACGCAGCAGUCCGGCCCCGAUAGCGCCCACGGAGGAAACAGUAUUAAACGGGGACGCCGGGGCCAACUACUUCCCGGAGGGCAUGAAGCCCGGGCUGGACGAUAGACAGAUAACGCGCCUGCUCGACUUUAAGCUCGCCGAUCUGGAGGUUUCGGACGAAGGGCGCACCGGCGACGGAGACAUCGAUGCGGGCGAGCUCUACCAGGGUGGCGUUACACGUAGCGUCACGGGCACGCGGUCCGGCUCGUCCUCGAUGAAGCUCGUCACCAAAUCGCUCACGGACGGGUCGACGUCGACGCCUUCGUUCGAUGGCAGCAAAAACGAUCCCGGCCCGCUGAGCGUAUGGGAACCGUUCACCGAUGGCGAAACGAUCCUCAAGUACGGCUACGUUAGCAAGCGCAAGGGAUUGUUCCCCCGACGACGCAUGUUCCUGCUCACCACCGGUCCCAGACUGAUCUACAUCGAUCCGGUGAACAUGGUCAAAAAGGGCGAAAUUCCCUGGACGGCGACGCUGUCCGUCGAGGCGAAAAACUUCAAAACGUUCUACGUGCACACGCCGAACCGUACCUACUAUCUUGAGGAUCCGGAAGGUUUUGCACUCAAGUGGUGCGAUAGCAUUAAUGAAGCUCACCGUAAGGCUUUCCUCAACAGUGUAAACGACACUGGUGGUGCCCCAAACGUAUGAAGCGUGCGUGCGUGUGUGUGAGUGUGCGUGUCCGUGUGUUCUUUUAUUUAAUAAUAUGUAAUAGUUGCAAGUUUUCCUUCGCCCGCCAGUACUGCGGCCAGCGGCACGGACCGUUAUUGGGAGAGUUAACUGCAUCGAUGUAAAUCUUAAUAAGUAGGAUAGGGGCGGAAAUUAAGGGAAUGUUGAAUUAAGCUAACGGAUGGAACAUAUAUUCAAUAGAAAACACGCAAUUAGAUCAACAAAAAAUUAUAAUAAUAAUACCAAUAUAAAUGCACAUUACUCGACCAUUUUUUUUUCUCGAGAUCAGCUU